GCCGGCGCCAUGAACGUCUUCCGCCUCACCGGGGACCUCUCCCACCUGGCGGCCAUCAUCAUCCUCCUCCUCAAGAUCUGGAAGACCCGCUCGUGCGCCGGUAUAUCUGGGAAAAGCCAGCUUCUCUUUGCACUGGUGUUCACCACUCGUUACCUGGAUCUCUUCACUUCAUUCAUUUCUUUUUAUAACACUUCUAUGAAGCUUAUCUACGUUGCCUGCUCGUAUGCCACAGUCUACCUGAUCUACAUGAAAUUUAAGGCUACCUAUGAUGGAAACCAUGAUACAUUCAGAGUGGAGUUCCUUGUGGUUCCAGUUGGUGGGCUGUCUUUUCUUGUCAAUCAUGACUUCUCUCCCCUGGAGAUCUUGUGGACCUUCUCAAUCUACUUGGAGUCUGUUGCUAUUCUCCCCCAACUUUUUAUGAUCAGUAAAACUGGGGAGGCAGAAACCAUCACUACUCACUAUCUUUUCUUCUUGGGCUUGUACCGUGCCUUGUACCUUAUCAACUGGAUUUGGCGCUACUACUUUGAGGGAUUCUUUGACCUUAUAGCUGUCGUUGCUGGUGUGGUCCAGACUAUUCUGUACUGUGACUUCUUCUAUUUGUAUGUUACAAAAGUACUCAAGGGAAAGAAGCUCAGUUUGCCAGCGUAAGUGCCAAAACUAAUCGCCAGCAUCUGCCAUCCUGGAUGCUUAGACAGAACAAUCCUUACCACAAGCGAAAGGUGAAGAUGCUUGAAACAGACAGUCUCCCACGUCUCUUGCAAGAAUCAUUGGUGGGCUGUAUAGGACCAGAGAACAACCAGCUGACUUCUGUUUGAUGCAUCUUGCCUUUAUCUUUUUUUAUUACUAUGUAUAAAGAUUUUUUACAUAAAGAAACUUAAUACUGUGUGAAUUUAAUUCAGUGUGUAGUUUCAAUUGGAAUAGUUCCAAAAGUGAGGUUUUGUGGGGUUGUUUAUGACCAGAAAUAAGUGCAAACACUUCUUAUUUUCAAAUGAUUCUUUUUGAAUUACUGACUUGUUUCGGUGCACACAGGUGUGUGCUGACUGAUGGAUGGUAACCGUUCUUCUCUCUUGAUUUCAAAUUUCAUCCCACUGUAUUUAUUUACCCCCUAAAAAGUUGAACAUAGUGUGUCAACUGAAAUCAAACUACAAAUGACAAAAUUCUCACGGUAGGAUGUCACCAUUUCAUGAAUGUCCUUAGUUAUAAUUACUCCAUUUUAAAGUAGGAAUCAUUCUCCUAUAGUGUCUGCCAGUGCAUAUUGUCUGAUACCUCUCUUAACCUUCUGAAUACAUCAGCUUGAGAGUAUUUGGUGCCAAUGCAGGUUUUUUAAUCUAGAUUUCUUUGCUUUUGUGGUUUAGCAGCAGACAAUUUUUAUUUCAUUUUUUCAUUCAGGAUAAAAUGGUUCCUCAUUUUUUGAGUGCAUAAAGUUCUACUUUCAUUCACAGCAGCCUUAAUGUUGCAGCUGUAAGGAUGAAACUGUGAUAGUUGUCCAAUUGAAGUAAUCUUUAGGUGGCAAUUUUUAACUGUCUACAACUUUUUUUAAUACAAACACUUUUACAAGUAAUGUCCAUGUUCAGCUUUCAAGCAGUUCUAGAUGUACCAGUUUUGGACAAUGAGUGUGAUUUUUUAUAAACUUAUUCCUGAAUCAGCAGCACCAAGUACUAUACUUCAUCGACUUUACAUGAUUCCCUUUUUUACUGAGCUGUUGCAUGACUUAUCCUGUGUUACCAUCCUAAAUAAACAUUUUAUGAAGUGGUA